UUCGUAAACCAAUUUCCCGGUUAGCUUCUGUCGCACUUGCGCAAAUACGAGUAGCGAGUAGCAUUUACGUGUAAAGUGUAGGUUUUGCUGUUAAGAAAAUCGUAUUUUUAUGUCUUGCUGCACUUCUUUCCGAAAGUUUAAUGUCUGUUGUUCUGUGUGUAAUUUAAUCUAUGGUUAAAACGGGUUUGUUUUUGAAAUUAGUUUGAGGGCGAAGAAAAUCAUUAAAUUAUGGCGAAGACAGUGGAUUUGGAGUUAAAGAAGGCGUUUGCGGAGCUGCAGCUGAAGAUGCUGGAGACCUCCCAGAAGCUGAAGCUGGCCGACGUGCAGAUAGACAACCUGAAGAAGUCCAUCCACCACGCCGAGCUCACGGACAAGGAGAUAUCUGCCCUGCCGUCGGACACCAAGACGUACGAGUCCGUCGGAAGGAUGUUCCUGCUGACUGACAAGGAUGACGUCGGCAAACAUCUUCACACCAAGAUUGAAAACUGCACAGAGAAAAUAAAGUCCCUGGAGAACAACAAGAGCUACCUGGAGCGCAGUCUGAAGGACAGCGAGAACAACCUGCGGGAGAUGGUGCAGCAGAGGAAGUGAAGUGACUUCCCCCGUGCAUCGCUCGCGAACACUGUGUGUCUGUGUCGUUCAUUACCGGCUUGGUUUUUAUUACGCGAAUCCGAAGUUGUUUUACACCUAAUCAUGCUCGUUUCAAUGCAUAGUAAAGCUUAAUGGUUGUAACACUGUUAUUAAUUUUUUUUGUAUCUUUGCAAUGCUGGUAAUUUCCCCCUCCCCCUACCUCCUGCUUCUACUCCUAAAUUAUAUGUUGUUUGUUCAAAUAUUUUGACAGAGUUGUGUUCACAGUUGGUAAUCGAAAAAAAAAAUUAAUAAUUGUAAUUUAUAAGUUUUCAAUCACAAGUUUUUGAAUGGUGAUUUUUAACGUUUACAUUGCAUUAGGACAUGUGGAGGUAAUUUUGUAUUGCAAUUUCAUUCUGUUAAUAUUACAUGUGUUUGUAUAAAAACCUAUAAAUAAAAUUAUUGUAAUAAAA